UUGAGACAGCCUGUGAGAGAGGUUACCAUCAGAGCUGUUGCAGUUUUAAGACUGCUAAAAUAUAUAAAAGAAACAAACUCUUACUACAAUCACUUUGGGACACGUGAUGGUGUUGGAGUCACUUUUCUACAUAACGAAGUGCAAGAGACACAUUCAAUCAGCCCUCAACAGCCCACACAGAAGAAACUGUAUGUGAAUUGCAAAGGAUUUGAAUAGGAAUUGUCCAGCAGUUUUAAAACAUGGGCAGUUUUCAAUUAGAAGACUUUGUAGCUGGUUGGAUAGGAGGAGCUGCAAGUGUAAUUGUGGGGCAUCCUCUGGACACCGUAAAGGCUCGUCUACAAGCUGGACAAGGAUAUGGAAAUACUCUUAAUUGUAUCCUUACCGUGUACAGAAAUGAAAGUGUUGCUGGAUUCUUUAAAGGAAUGUCUUUCCCAUUGGCCAGCAUUGCUGUCUACAGCUCGGUGACAUUUGGUGUCUUCAGCAACACUAAAAGGUUUAUUAGCCAACAGCGCUAUGGAGAUUCUAACCAUGCCCCAGCAUUCUCGGACUUGCUUGCUGCCAGCAUGGUAGCAGGGGUUGUCUCAGUAGGAAUUGGUAGUCCUGUGGACCUGAUAAAGAUAAGACUACAGAUGCAGACACAGACAUUUGCUAAAGCAAACAUAAACUUAAAGCACAGGGUAAUUGGGUUUCCUGCAUACAGAGGCCCAAUUCACUGUGUUAGUUCAAUCCGUGCCGGCGCAAUGCUUCUGAGGGAUGUUCCUGGGUAUUGCCUAUACUUCAUCCCUUAUGCAUUUCUCUGUGAAUGGAUUACCCCUGAGGGAGCCAUAUCUCCUACUCCCUCUUCUGUGUGGAUGGCAGGAGGUAUAGCAGGAGCAAUUUCCUGGGGGACUGCUACACCGAUGGAUGUUGUGAAAAGUCGACUUCAAGCCGAUGGGGUUUAUUUAAACAAAUACAAAGGAGUCAUUGAUUGUAUCUCCCAGAGCUACCAUAGUGAAGGCUUAAAAGUCUUUGUGAGGGGCAUCACGGUCAAUGCAGUGCGAGGAUUUCCAAUGAGUGCAGCCAUGUUUCUUGGAUAUGAGCUUUCACGCAAAGCGCUAAGAGGAGAACAGGCUGCAACCAAUCCUUAACAUCCAGUGAGCACAAGAUAAAGUCCCAGCAAAAGAUGAGCUAGCUGGACAUGCUUGCUGCCUGCUGUGCCUACGUCUGAGUAUGCCCAUCUUUACCAGAGGAAGAAUGUCUCCAUAAUCAUUCUCAUCGUGGAUCCAUGUGGCUGGGAUUAGUCUUACUCCCACAUCCUAAUAAAACCCUCACAUUUGUUUGCCCAGUAAGAUUUCUCAAUGUCUCCUUUUUUCACCCUCCAAAGCUCAGUAACGGGCCAUUCCUGUAGUGCCAGUCAGCCAAUGAGAGCUGGAUUGGGUUGCUCCCAUCCUCUAUAUUCUCUCAGUUCUAUUCUAGGACAGGACAAAGAAGACCAGUACUUGGUUGAGAAACACUGGCGUAAAUAUUAACUUAAAGCUGGAAGCUGCAGGAGGGCACCAAAAAUUGCACUUUCCAGCAGCUUACACAUUAACAUGUGAUUCACUCUGACACAUGGCAUUGCAGAGAGCAAAUGAAGGUGAUCAUUCUUUAACUCUUUAUUUUUAGGGACAUAUUUUGUAUAAAAAAAUGAAAUAGAGAUUAAAAUAAAUAACAAAAACAGUCAUGCACCUAGCUGGAUCAAGAAUUUAUAUCACAUAAAAUAAUUUAUAAAAUGCAAUAAAUGUAUCUAGCUAUUCCAUUUCAUCCAUUUCAUCGAGUAGAUGUGUAUUGGUUGAUUGUUUGUGCAUAAAAUAUGAAUAGCUGUGUCAGAAAUGCCAUAUGAACAUGUCUCAGGCCCAGUGCAUGAGAGAACAUAAUUUCCUGAGCUAAGAAAUACAAGCCAAGCAAGACUGUUUGAGACCUGCAAUAUGAUUACAUCUGUUCACUGUGCCUUGAGGUUCCUUUUAAUGCACA